UGUAGUUUGUUUCGACUCUAUACGAGGUCACUUAAAUAUUUCUUAUCCACCAAAAUAAUAUUUAUUGGUAACAUUUAUAACAUUUAUAUAUAUGUAGCUGAUUUAAAUGAUCCCUGAAUACCUAAUGUGAAAUAUAAAGUUUACAAAUGCAAUUUUGCUUGUUGGUGAUACUGGCUCUCUCCGUGUCUUCAUACGCGCAACCAUUUGAAAAGAGACAAUCAGUAAAAGACGAGUUACCACAGAUUAAUCAACAACAGCAAAAGGACCAUAACGUAAGAGAAACUGCCCAACGUGAUUGCAAGUCAAAGUGUGCUUCGAGUAUAGCUCAGAAGGCGGCUGCAGAAGCUAAAGCUGCACAAGCUGCUCAGAACGCUGCCGGUGCUCAAGCAGCUCAUAUGGUAAAAACCCAACUGGCAGAAAAGGCACUUCAGGCGGCAAAAGCAGCAGAAGCUGCGUUGGCAGGGAAACAGGCUGUAGUUGAGCAAUUACAGCAGGAAGUUAAAGAAGCAGAGGCUGUUGUGGCUGAGAACACUGCUAGUGUUCAUCAACAACAAAACGCGGUCAGCUCCGGAGUCCAAGCUGCCCAGGAAGCCACUGCACAGCACAAGCUUCUAAUUCAAGCUGUACAACUUGCUGCUCAAGUAGAGAAGGCUGUUCAUUCACUAGUGGACAAACUAAAAUGUAGCUUGCAAGAAAAAUGUCACAACUUGGCAGAAUCCCGAGCAAGACUAGCCCAUCUCCAACACAAGCUACAGUGUGCCUGUGCGGAGUGUGCCGCGACGAAGCAAGCAGCACAUUCAGCUUGCGAAUCGGCUAGAGCAGCUUGUGGUAAUGCUAAGAGGAAAAAACGAUUAAUUAAGAGAAACUCUCUUAUACGUAAAUUAGCAAAACGUGGACGGUGAACGAAUAAGGAUUACGAUUGCAAGACAUGUUAGCAGAAUAAGUUUUUUAAGCGGACAUAUUCUUAUACAUUCUAAGCAUUGUACUGAGGAACUUAUGUCGACUGCAAGCCUAUAUAAAAGCAUACAACAAUGAUACAAAUAAUAGAAUAAAUUGAUAUCUAACCGAAGUUUCCAGUGUGGAGUAUCUACACAGCAAAUUUAUUGACCAACUCAUACGGAGCUAACAAUCUUUGAAAGUUUCCUAGUUUAUAAUUGUGACAAUGUUGUAUGAAGAGAAGAAAUAUUUAAUUAUUUUUAUAAUAAUUAUUGUGUACCAGGUUUCGCAAAUGCAUACUUUAAGAUUUUUGAUAGAAUAGCAUUCGUUUAAGCUUCUGAUAAA